GUACAUCAACUUAUAAUGAUUCCAAAACUCUCGUUAAUAUAGAGACUUCAUAUAAUCAAGAAAACAACAUGGCUUCACCAAUAUUUGUCUCAAAUCCUAGCCCGACUUUUUCAUGGACUGCUAUAUUCAAAGGCUGUCAGUUUGCAUUCUUAGGUGCCUAUAGAUUACUUCAAAAUCAACUGUUUUUCGAGAAUCCCAAAUAUUUCAAAUUCACUUUUGUUGCAUUACAGCUUUCAAUUGUUGUUCAAAUUGUGUUGUCCUUGCCCUCCAUAGUUACAAAAUUUUCUUAUUGGAUACUUCGUUUCAUUGUGAACAAAGAGAUUGACAUUCAAAAAUUGAAUGAAUUGAUUUCGUUCUUCAUUUAUGAUGUAUUCCAGUUACAAGCCAUCAUACUUUUAGUGAUUUAUACAUUGUAUUAUGAUGUUUUUGAAGAGGUUUUCAUUAGUGGAUUGCAGUACAUUGAUCAAGUGACUAUAGCAAAUAAGAAAACAUCCAAAAAUGUUUAUUCAACAGGUUUAUUGAAAUGCAAACGAGUUAAUCUUCGAAAUAUCUCUUUACUAUCAAACUGGAUAGCUAAAUUGAACCGGUUUUCAACUCACCAAAUCAAUCAUUUAUCACAAUUGUUGCAAUCAUAUCUACAAUUGGUGAUGAUGAAUUUGUUCAUUUAUUCAUGCACACAUAUACCUAGGUUGAGCUCGGUAGUUGUUUCAUUUAUUGUUUCAAGAAGUUUCAAUACUAAAUUGGGUACUAGUGUUACGUUUCUUGUUUUUUCAAUGGGGUUGGUUACACCACCGUACGUUUUGUUGGAAUUUUAUUCAUUUUACUCGAUUACACAACUUAUGGUUAAAUAUUUAUUAAACAUUCCAUAUUUCCAAAAACUAAAUUUCACUGAUCUCCAAUCUGAUAACUGGCUUUAUUCAAGAGCUGGGCUUUCAUUUGGAUUCGGUUCUGUUUUCACCAUGUUGGCAUGGAAAUUCAACUACAUUGCAUUAUUAAUUUUGAUUUUACAACAAUUAAGCUUAGCAUAUUUCAUAUCUCAAGUUACGGACCCAGUACCUGAAUCAUUAACAGAGCCAUGGAUUUUAACCCAAAUUUAUUGGACCAGGAUUUAUAAUAAGUUGACUGUUUCAGGUGAUGGAUUCAAACCAAUUCCACUCUCAUAUAUUAUUUCCAAGCAUGAGUCCAGUACGCCUGAUACCAGUGCAUACGUUACCCCAAUAUCUUCAACCACAAGCUUAAAUAGAUUGAACUAAUAGAAUUAACUUGUUAACUGAUCUGUAGUUGUGAUAUAUUAUAAAAUGAAUUCGCGAAACUUACCCGCGAAUGCAGUACCGCGAAUUAAUUUUUAUAAUUAUUCCAUAAAAAUGAAGGUUUUAAACAGAUGACAACACUCUUGGGUGAACAUCAAAAUACUAAAACAAUAAUUAAAGAUGUCUGUAAGUUGUAUUGGGUUUUUCUAGCUUACUGUUUUUGAGAUCACUAACUUUUAAUGCAGCUCAAUGUUAUAAACCCUAAACCAUUUAUCAAAGAAUUAGUUGGUACAAAAGUCUUGAUAAAGCUAAAAUUUAACAACACAAGUUAUAAAGGAAUACUGAAUGCUAGUGAUAACUAUUUUAACAUAAGUUUAUCUGAUCCAG